UAGUACCCCUACCACAGGCAUUCCUGACCCCUAGAGUUCCGGCGUAGAGCCGUUUUCGAUGCUUGGUCAGAAAGCGAACGAAGAGAAGAGUGCGAGAGAGUGUGGUGUUUCGUGGUUGCCUGCGAGUUCGAGCGUGUGUGUUUGUUGUGUUGUACGAAAAAGAGAAUAUUCCCGUUGCAGGAUUGUGUAUACCCGGUGUCACUAACGGAUAUUAUUUGAAGCCUCCUGGGUGAGGCAUUAUGUCGUCGUAUAUCCAGGUUGCCGAAGAUGAGGGCGAGGAGCCAAUCGAGUUACCGACCGAAGAUGAUAGUACGCUAUUACUGACUACCUUGGCAGCCCAAUUCCCGGGUACUUGUGGGCUUAAAUACCGUAAUCCGGAGUCCCGGGCAAUGCGAGGUGUACGCCUUGUUGAUGGACGCCUACAUUCUCCGGAGAACGGCUGGGGCAAAGCCAUCUACUUCUGCGUUUUUCCAAAAGAGAACAAACGUAAAUCUGACGACAAUUUGGAAAAUUCCACAGCUAAGACUAAGCGAAUGGAAACAAAGUUGCGUUGCACGGACCUCAUCGUUCUUGGCCUACCAUGGAAAACGAGCGAGCAGAACUUGCGCGAAUAUUUCGAGACUUUUGGAGAAGUUCUCAUGGCACAGGUGAAGAAAGACGCAAAAUCGGGACAAAGCAAAGGAUUCGGAUUCAUUCGGUUUGGUAGUUAUGAGUCCCAGCUACGAUGCCUUGCACAGCGACACAUGAUAGACGGUAGAUGGUGCGACGUGAAAGUUCCCAACAGUAAGGAGGGAAUUCAGCAGGUACCCUGCAAGGUAUUCGUGGGACGCUGCACGGAGGACCUUACUGCUGAGGAUCUGCGCGACUACUUCAGCAAAUUCGGGGAAGUGACGGACGUCUUCAUCCCGAAGCCGUUCCGAGCGUUUUCCUUUGUGACCUUCCUCGAUCCCGAGGUCGCGCAAUCUCUAUGUGGCGAGGAUCACAUAAUAAAGGGCGUCUCUGUCCACGUGUCGAACGCAGCCCCGAAGUCGGAGAGCAACAACCGAAACUAUAACAAUCAGAUGAAUACGAAUAUGCGCGCACGUGGCGGUAUGCCUGGUGGUGGACCGAUAGACAACAAUAUGCAAGGGAACUACCAAGGCAACCGAUACAUGGGACACUCGGGUAACAAUAUGGGUCCCAACGGCUGGAACAAUCCAGGCAAUCGUGCUAACCUAGACAUGCCAAAUCUUCAGGCCCUCGGAAUCACCGGUCAGAAUAAUGGCGGCGGUGGUGGUGGCGGUAUGUCCAAUCCACUGGCGAUGGGCGGAUUGAAUCUCUCGGCCCUACCGGUGAAUCCAGCCCUGGUGGCGGCAGCUCUGAAUCAGGCAUCCUGGGGCCUCAUCGGCAAUCUCCAGAAUCAGGGAAACGAGCAGGGAUACACGAAUCAGCCGGGACCACCCGGACAACCGCCAUCGGGGAACAACAGCAUCGGCAACAGCGGCAAUAGCGGAUUUCUCAGCUGGAUGAAUCAGGGUGGCGGCGACGGCAAUACGGGAAAUCCCGCGGGCACAGGCGGGCCAGGGCCUAAUAAUCCUAAUGCUACACAGGCCGCAUGGCAGAAUCAUCCUGGUCAGCGCGAACAGAAGUCGAACACUUUCCUUAAGUACGAGUAAACUCGUUUCGUUUGGAGUUAAGUAUACUCUACGCGAUGUAUCAUAUUCUAAAUGGGACGCGAUUAAUAAUUAGGUUCGUACCGGAGAUGCGUCCAACGUUGUUCCACUCGUUUUCACUAUGUCACGAAUAAUUGCCAAGCUUCCAUCCAUUGGCUCAAUUCAAAUACCUAUUGGUGAUCACGAGGGGUCCAGACGUUUGCUUUUUUCGAUAUGAUAAACAUGCACGUUGAGAUCGCAAGCCUAUUUCUUUUUAUCUUUAUCGUUAUUCUUCUUUGUUCGACAAACUUUGCCAAGCUUUCACUAUUUUUUGGUUUUUCAUUUUUCAAAACUCUUUAUUUACAUGAAAUACUGAUGAUCUCUGUACAUAUAAUUGCCAUUUCGAAUCUUUUUUUAAAUCUCUUUAAUUACUUUCUUUUUUGUGUCUAUUUUCCUUUUUCUUUCUUCUCAUUCUGCAAUUCUGGUGAAACGAAUCUUAUCUUUUAAUCGUGAUCUCAAUGUUAAUGUUCCGUACGGUACGUCCCGUGUUUGUAUUUGAUAUUGGGGCGUUUUGACUUUUCUGCGUACGGUCGUCGCCACACCUAUACUAAUGUCCCACCAACCUAACGUCCCCCCACCCUAGCCUCCGUCGCUCCGAAUUAGUACAAAGGUUAAUGAAAGAGAGAGAGAGAGAGAGAGAGAGAGAGAGAGAGAGAGAGAGAGAGAGAGAGAGAGAGAGAGAGGGGAGAGAGAGAGAGAGAGAGCAUACAAUAUAAAGAGCGUGCGCGCGCGAAAGAGCUAAUUAAAUAGUAGGUGAGAGCAGUUGAAUAUGAGAGCACUGCUGGUGCAUAUGAACGAAGAAAGCCCGAGAGAGCAAGAGAAUAAUAUCGUGUGUAUGUGUGUGUUUAUUACGAAAGGGAGAGAACGAUCGUGAGAUUGCGAAAGAGAGAAAGGUAAACAGAGAGACAGAUAGAUAGAUAGAUAGAUAGAUAGAUAGAUAGAGAUAGAGAUAGAGAGAGAGAGAGAGAGAGAGAGAGAGAGAGAGAGAGUUUCGCAAUAUCUGAACUUCGUGACUUUUCAUGAUUACUUCACGUAAAUUUAGUGUCGAAUUUGCAUUUUUUUUUAAAAUUAUUUUCUCAUUUCUUAUUCUAACUCUAUAUUAAUAUGGCUAUUGCCCUCCUCCUUCCCCCCUCCUUGAUCUAAUGUAAACAUUCAGUGUUUCUCUCUUCUCCUACCCCUCAGUCAUUUUAUUAUCAAAUUAUUCAUUCAAACUUAAGUUAUAACGGCAUCGUUUUUUUUUAAUUCUAUCCACAUAUUUUCAUCCAAGAACAAUCAUUUCGCGUUCAGAAUCUAGUAUUGUUUUCACAAUGUUAAUACUGCUUUUUACUAAACAGUGGCCGUAUGAAUUACUUCCUUAUAUAUUUCUUCUGACGUACAACUUAUUUUGUUCUAUUCUUCAAUUUUUGGUCACAAAUUACAAAUCAGUCAAACGGUUGAUACCUCGUUCGAGAGUACCCUUUUUUUUUCUUCUGCAUAAGAAAUAUGUUAAAAAUGUAUGUAAAGUUGGUAGUACGUAUGAAAAAAUUGCCACAUUGAUUUUUUAAUUUUUUUUUAGACAUAAUAUCGACGUUUAAAUUAGUCAGAUUCCAUAUUUUUCUUUAAUAAAAAAUUUUCUGAAAAAGCCAAUAGGAAUAUCCUAUUUACUAUUUCUUAUAACUACUGAAGUGUAACCGUAUUAUAUUACGGUUUUAUCAUUACCUUUCUAUUGAUUAAUUUAUAAAAUUUGUAUUCGUUACUCCUCACUGUGCUAAUAACUUUGCAAGCAACUGAGGUAAUUGUUAAAAAUCUCAUUGCAUAGACUACUCCGUAUCUUCUAAUUUUUACCUUUGCACUUCUUCGAGAAAUUAUAUUUUGGUGACAUGAGACAUAAGCAUUUUUUAGAAUAACAGACAAAUACGAUGGUCUAUUAUGUGAUACUUUGUCUGUUAAAUAUUUCCAGACUUCGUACAAAGUUUAUGGCGCACCGAAGAGAAAAAGGCUGUAAAGUUGUGAGAAAUUUAUAUGCUAAACAAUCUUCAUGUAUUUAACAACAGAAACAUCAGUGAAUCAUUAUAUAACGUAUGAAGGAAGUAAUGCUGAUACUAAAGAAGCUACAUCUAGCUUAAAAAUAUUGCCCACAUUUAUAAUUAUAUAUAUCACGUAUUCGACAUAUACAGGCCAACUCACGGGAAGUUAUAGAUUCGCAUGUAAUUUAUCUUGAGCGAUAAACAUUUGGUUGGUUAGUGAUCAAGGUCAUUGAUCAAUGUCAGUAACCUGCGAGUUUGGACCAAUUCAACACUGUAAGAAACUUUAGAGUCAUUGACCAUGAAUUUGAUCAUUGCUCAAAUUGUCACACACGAAUUCGUAAGUUCCUUGUGAAUUAUUCUAUAUAUAAACGAAUUUUGUUGCCGCUUUAUUAUGAUUCAAUGAAGUAAUUGCAGGACUUUAGAGAAAUAUUUUUCAAUUUUUUUUCAAUUUAUUUAAAGGCUGGAUUUGACCCUAGACCAUUAUUCAUUUAUGUAUCACAAAAUUUAUAAAUUGUCAAGAGAUAGAUUAUAUCUAAACGAUUAUAAAGUAAAUAGUGUCUUAUCCAUGAUUGACAAGAUUUCAAAUUAUCCGUAAUUUAGUUUUUUUAAAGUACUUUCAAAAAUUGUUGUAGUUUGCUAUAUUGUAGACAGUAUUAUGUAUAUGUUCUUAUGUUUUUUCUAGCCAAAAUUAUAUAUACCUUACGACUAAUAAUUUGCAUGUAAUAUAGUAAAAUCUUCGUUUAGACUUUUCACAUCGGCUGCUACAACUCUAGGGUCAAACUACCAGCUAUAUGAAUUAAUAAUGUGAGGAGAAAUAUAUGUAAAAGAAACUCCAAAGGUAACAUUAAGUUAUCAAAAUUCGCUCUUUCCUGCCUGUAAAACCUUUUUUCUUUCCUUGAUUAUUUCUUUCAAAGCCAGAACUUCACUUUUGUGUAUCUAUAUAUAUCGUAGUAGGAUGUCACAUUUUUCGUUGAUGAAAUAUUACUUUUUUGAAAAGUCACGCUCGCAAAUGUCAUCAUCCCCAAAAUUAUAUUUAAAGAGAGAACAACAAGUGGGACUAAAGGACAAAAGAGAGGCUGCAUCAAAUUUGUAGUAAUAAAGGAGGGAAGAGUGUCGUUGGAUUUUUAUCAAAUUUCAAUGAUAAAAAACUAUAAGCGUGGCCGCAAAGAAAACGUUCUUAGCAAUUAUAAAACCAUGAUCGAAAUUGAUAAAAAUUCUUAAAAAUUUUUAAUUAUAUAAUCAUUAAAAUUCCAAUUGUCUCGAAUAUUCGACAGGAGAAUAUACGUGACCUGUCAUUCCUAGAUAUUUCAUCAUGUAUAUGCCAAAAAAAAGAGCGAAGAAACGGAUAAACAAGAAAACGUGAAAUUGAGACGCUAAUCAUAAUAAUUAUAAACUAUCUGCGCUGGAAUUUUACGUUUAUGUUAUGUAUAUAUAUGAGUUAAAACAAGAAAUUCAUUAUACGCAUCUAAAAAGAUGUUGAUAUUCUUAUAGAACAAAGGCAUGAAUAUAAUAAUUGCACAACUGCGUUAGCUCACCAGGAAGACUUAAAUUUGGUACAAUUAAAAAAAAAAGACGGUAUAUUCGUUGCAAUGAUUUUUCUUUCUCCCUUUUUUUUAUUGUUCUUGAUACUGAUUAUAUAUGUAAACAAGAAAAGAAUAAACCUAAAAGUAUAAAGCUCUAUAUCCUAGUACAUACAUGCUUGGAAGUGAAUGUACGCGUAAUAGUCGAUGCUUAUGUUAGCGCAUACAAAACGAAAAAAUACGUGGUUUUAAAAAUGGACGCGAUUAUUGCUCUAAGAAAAACUUUGUAACUUAGGGAGUAUUCUCAUAAACUUUAAUUAGUAUUCCCUGUCUAUAAUUUUUCAUAACACAGCCUUCUGUGCAUUCAAAUCCACGUUUGAGGACUGUUGCGUAUCUACACAAAAAGAAAUUUCUCUUUAAAUUGAUUAUAAGUAGAAUGCAAGAUUUUUCUUUAUCAAAUGCUAAUUACACACAUUGCGCAGAACAUUUAUUUGAGCUGGCAUUUGUUUUACUUCAUACUCGCUUGUGCUUGCCUCAAUUCCAACCCUGUUAGUAAGUACAUUUUUUUGUUUCUUUUUCUUUGUUCUUGGUAAACAAAAAUUGCACUACGGUUCGCACGCCAAGAAAAAGAUGACAAUGAGACACUGAACAUCUAAUUCUUGUGCAUAUUUAAUUUGUAAAUUAAAAUAAAAGCAUAGAGAACAAGGUUUUUGCCAUGGUUGUGUAUGAAUGUGAGAGACUACGAGAGCGCGAGUGGGAGAGAAUGGGUAAAAGUAAGCGAGAAAAAGAGGAAGAAAGAAUAAAUUAAAAUAGAUUUGAAACAUAUAAAAAAGAAGUUCUUAAUUAGUUAUUUGUGUUGUGCACGCUGCACUAGUAAUGGUUAUAUUAAUCACAAACUGGCCUUUUUAUCUAUCUCCCAUUUUCCCAUAUGACCUCGUAGAUCCAUAAGAUCAACCGAUUAUCAUAACAUCUGUAACAUAAAACAAUAAUUAUCUUAUGAGUAUAUAUACAUUAAUUAAUUAACAAAUAAAAUAAUCGUUACACGAGAUGCGUGUGCUGUUGUGUUCCUUCAUCAGUUACAAAGGUGUUCCGUCAGGCUAAAAAUAUUGUUGUAUCGGACGCAAGAGUGACUGAUUUUUAAUGUUCGAAUUUAGUCGAAAUUUGUCAUGCUCGCAAGAAACUUUAAUGUUGACAUUGAAAUAGAUUUGUUUGAUAUUGUGAUGAAAAUUUUGUUAGCACGUGAUUUUGCAUGAUCAGUAAAUACGAGUUUAUUGAUAUUGCGAGAAUAUAUAGAUUCCUUUAUAUUUGCAACCAUUCAUAGAGUGACAAUGAUUUUGAAAUACGCGUAUGUACUGGUUUGAAGUAGGUUGCGUAUCCCGAUUUGUAUAGUCGAGUUUACCCGAUAACUGUUAUCCGAUCAAUGCUGAUGUACGCUGAUGCUCGUUACGAAGUCAGCGUAUGAAAAUUUAUUCUGGAAUCGGUGUAAUAGAGAAGAUUUAGUGUCAUGUGCAUUAUAUUUCGUGUGCGAUUUUUAUAUUACGUAUAAUAAAGUUUUUAUUCAAGAUCAGGAAAGUGAAUACUUAUAAGAGGUUUUUAUAAAUUUAAAAAAUGAAAUUCAAACUCGUAGUGACAACGGCUAAUAGUAGUUUGUUGCUUGUGACAAACGCGAAUGAGCGAGAUGCGACGGAUGUUAACCGAUAAAUGUUUGAACUGAAUUUUAAUACGUCCUUGCCUGUCGGAUGCCUGUGUACAAUAUUUUUUUUUGCGAGAACGCGUUUAAAUGGCUAGACAAAAUGACCGAGAACCGUUGUGCAAAUUAGAUUAGGUUACUAUUUUGUUCAAUGAGAUUUUAUUGUGUGCAACUUGUAUGGGCAGCUGAUAUAUGAAUUGUUGAUUAGUCAUCGAGCGAAGUAGCGAAGUAUGUUUGCCAGUCACUAUGUUCAUGAUGUAUCAUUAUUUACGUAGACUACCGUAUACACAUAAUAUUAACAGUAUAAGCCAGAAACACGAGAAGUUGAUUAGGGAUUCAGUCGAAUAGGUUAGAAAGCGGUGCAUGAACAUAUGUUGGGUCUGACCAUAUAGCAGAUUUUGAGUGUGUUUUAUAUGACAAGUUUGGAUGAGUUUCUUUGUUAAUAGUUAUUACUUAUAACAGAGGGAAUAUACAGGGUGUUUCUUAAGCCCCG